ACCCGUGCAGGAUCAUUUUUGUUUUGUUUUUUGUGUUAUACUCGUAUUGUUCAACGAAAGUGUUAAUAUUUUGUAUUGUGCGGUUAAGAAGAUAGAUAUUUUGAAAACAACUCUUUAAAAUGUCUUCUCUUGUUGUUGCCGAAACUAUAGCCGAGUUUUAUACUGGGAAAUGUAUUUUUAUUACCGGCGCGACUGGAUUUAUGGGAAAAGUACUGAUCGAAAAAUUAUUACGGUCCUGUGGUGGUAUUGAUAAAAUUUACGUUUUAAUGCGUACGAAAAAGGGGAUGAACGUCCACGAAAGACUAAAUAAAAUAACAGAUUUAGUGCUCUUCGACAAGUUACGGGAAACGAAUCCGAAUUUUGCAAAAAAAUUAAUUCCCAUUGAAGGAGAUGUUACACAUAUUGAUUUGGGAUUGGGUCCAGAAGAUAGGAAGGUCCUUCAGGACAAUGUGUCGAUUAUAUUUCACGCCGCUGCGUCUGUAAGAUUCGAUGAUCCCUUAAAAGACGCGAUCAUUUUAAACACAAGGGGUACGCGUGAAGUAAUACGACUCGCUUCGGAAAUAAAAAAACUUUCGGCUUUUGUACACGUCUCGACCACUUAUUGUAACACAGAUAGGAAGGUUGUAGAAGAAGUUCUGUAUCCCCCACAUGCAGACUGGCGGAAAGCUAUUGAUAUAGCCGAGAAAAUGGAUCAUUACACUUUACAAGUCAUGUUAUCGAAAUAUAUGAAUAAGUUGCCCAAUACGUACACAUUUACAAAGUCGAUGGCCGAACAUGUAGUUUAUGAUCUAUGCAAAGGCAAAUUGCCUGCCGUUGUUUUUAGACCAUCCAUUGUCAUUUCUGCCAUGAAAGAGCCGAUGCCUGGUUGGUUGGAUAAUUUUAAUGGGCCAGUUGGUUUGUUGAUAGCUUCUGGGAAAGGCAUCCUUCGAAGUAAUUAUUCCGAUCCUGAAAUCAUCACCGACUUCUGUCCUGUUGAUGUAGCGAUUAAAGGACUUGUUGUAGCAGCAUGGAAGAAAGGAACAACUAGAAAACUCGACGAAAAACUGGAUGUGAAUUUCUACAACUGCAGCAGUCAUAACGUAACUGCCGUUACUCAGGGUGAAAUGAUCGCCAUGGGUAAACAAUUGAAUUGGGAAGUACCCCUAAGUAACCCGUUGUGGUAUCCUGGAGGUGGCAUUACUAAAUGCAAAUAUUGGCAUUACAUUAAUGUCUUGUUUUUGCAUUUAAUACCGGCUUUACUGAUAGAUUUGGUGUUGAAAAUUAUGAACAAAAAGCCCAUGUUGUUGAAGGUGCAAAGAAGAAUUUUUUCGGCCAACAUGGCUUUGCAUUACUUUAUCUCUAGACAGUGGGCUUUUAAAAACGACAAUUUCAUUAAUUUAAACAAACAGAUUCUGCCUGAUGAAAAAGAACAAUUUGAUUUUGGUUUGCAAAACAUAGACGUGUGGGUUUAUUUUAAAAAUGCAAUUUUAGGGGCUAAACGGUUCCUUCUUAAGGAAAGUAACACAAAUUUAGAACAAGCAAAAGUAACCCUUUACAGGCUCUACGUUCUUCACGUCAUUGUUAAUGGCAUCUUUUAUGCUUUCAUGUUUUGGCUUGUUAUUUUCAAAUGCAAUUUAAUAUCGCGAGCAAGUGGUUAUUUAAAUUUAUUUUCUUAAAACGCUCUUCAUGUUUUUCUUUUCUUUUAACUUUAUUUUAGUUCAACAAAUUAGAGUGUAUUAAAUAAAAAGUGCGUCUUAUUUAUUAUUAUAAACAAAGACAAUCGUGAAUUAAAGAACGUUUAAUAAUAAAAGUAAUAAAGCGAAAGGAAUGUUCCUUACAAUAACUGAAUAAAUAUCUUAACGGAAGGAAGUACAUAAUAUUAUAAACCUAUACGCUCAAAAAACACAAUGAAUUAUUC